AGGCGUCACCGCACGGUUCCGCGCCUCGGUCCCUGGAAGGACCGAGGGGUGGCGGCCUGGCGAAUGCAGAGGUCGGAGCCAGGGCGGAGCGAGGCAGCCCGCAGCCCAGCUUCGCCUUCGCCUUCGCCUCCGGUGACUCCGCUGUGCUCCCCGCCCCUCGCCCUCUGAGCUUGUGGCCAGACGCCUGGCGCCCCUCUGCUAGCCUCCCGCGCUGGGCCACCUCCUCCUGCUCCGCAUUUUCCUCCUCCCCCUCCCCCGCCUCUUCCGUUUCUGAAGGGAAAGGCAGUAGCCUCCUUUAGAGCGCCGCAUCCCGGGCUUAGGUAAUACGGGUUCCUCCUUACGCCCCCCUAGCCCCGGCGCCACAACUCCCUCCUCCUGGGAUCUGGUCCCCGGUCUGGGCGAACAGCACGUCCCGGAUCGCCCCUCCCGACGCCAGUUGACAGCCGAGGGUGGGUGCCGAUUCCAUUCACAGCUGCAACUGAAAAGCAAGGUUCAGAAAUGUCAGAUAUCCUCCGAGAGCUACUCCGUGUUUCUGAGAAAGCUGCCAGCAUCGCCCGGGCAUGCAGGCAGCAGGAAGCUCUCUUCCAGCUGCUCAUAGAAGAAAAGAAAGAAGGAGAAAAGAACAAGAAGUUUGCAGUUGAUUUCAAGACCCUGGCUGAUGUACUGGUACAGGAAGUUAUAAAACAAAAUAUGGAAAACAAGUUUCCAGGCCUGGCAAAAAAAAUUUUUGGAGAAGAAUCCAAUGAGUUUACUAAUGAAUUGGGAGAAAAGGUUAUCUUGAGACUGUGUCCGACAGAGGAAGAAACUGUAGAACUUCUUAGCAAAGUCCUUAACGGUAACAAGGUGGCAUCUGAAGCAUUAGCCAAGGUUGUUCAUCAGGAUGUCGCCUUUACUGACCCAACUCUGGAUUCAAUAGAUAUCACCAUUCCACAGGACAUUUUGGGAAUCUGGGUGGAUCCCAUAGAUUCGACUUAUCAGUAUAUAAAAGGUUCUGCUGAUGUUAAAUCCAACCAAGGAAUCUUCCCCAGUGGACUUCAGUGUGUCACCAUUUUAAUUGGUGUCUAUGACAUACAGACAGGGGUGCCCCUGAUGGGGGUCAUCAACCAACCUUUUGUAUCACAAGACCUAAACACUCUCAGGUGGAAAGGACAGUGCUAUUGGGGCCUUUCUUACAUGGAGACCAACAUCUACUCACAUCAGCCUUCCGUUUCUAAAAGAAAUGGCAGUGAACCAUGGAGCCAAUUGACUAAAAACACCAGCUCUGAGGUAGAAUUCUCUCACCAGUUUUCAGCUGUCAUUAGUACAAGUGAAAAGGAGAAUAUCAAAGCUGCAUUGUCACGUGUCUGUGGAGAUCGUAUAUUCCGGGCAGCUGGGGCUGGUUACAAGAGCCUGUGUGUUGUCCAAGGCCUUGUUGAUGUUUACAUCUUUUCAGAAGAUACCACAUUCAGGUGGGACUCUUGUGCUGCUCACGCCAUACUCAGGGCCAUGGGUGGGGGAAUGGUAGACUUAAAAGAAUGCUUAGAGAGAAAUCCAGAAACAGGGCUUGAUUUACCACAGUUGGUGUACCACGUGGAAAAUGAAGGGGCUAGUGGAGUGGAUCGGUGGGCCAACAAGGGAGGACUAAUUGCAUACAGAUCAAGCAAGCAGCUGGAGACAUUCCUGAGCCUCCUCAUCCAAAACCUUGCACCUACAGAUGCACACAGAUGAAUAUUUCUCCUGUGUACUUGUAAACCAAACUGUGAACCAUCUCCUACAUCUCUCUCAUUUGAACAUAGCUGAGUCCAACUGAUGAGCAACAUUCACCUUCCUAUUCUGAAGAGCAUUUUUUCACUAUGUAUUCAUAAUAAUGUUAAUUUCAAUAAAUAAAUGACAUUCAUGCAGCAAUUAAACAGAUGUGAGAAAUUCUUAUAGUGAAUUUUAUGCUACCAGUGUUGCUUUGAAACACUUCAAUAAAGUAUUGA